AUGGAGAACCCGCCGCAGGACAUUCACAAAGUUUUCGAUCUCGUCGAUUCGGUGUAUUCCCCGGACCUCCAGAAGGCGGCUAUCGAGAAGUUCUUUCUCCCAGAAGCGGGCUUUCGGUACCCAGUUUAUGCUAUUGAGCCUGGACCUGGUUCUAGAGAUAAGAUACUUGGCGUUUAUCAAUGGCUGCACAUCAUCUCCCCCAGGACCAGAGGGGUUAUCCAUCACGUCUGUUACGACAAGGGGAAAGAUAUGCUCUAUCUCGACGUCACGCAGCAUCUGCAUCUCCUCUACCUACCUUUCAUGGCGAGCAAGUCGAGAAUGGUUACACGCCUAACGCUAAAAAAGCAAAGCGGGCUUCACUAUAUCGCCAUGCAAGAAGACUUUAUGCAACCAGAUGACAUCGCCGGCCUACUUUUCCCGCCCAUCAAACGAGCCGUUCACUUCGUCCUGGUCCUAAUGGCAGUUUUACUCUGUUACCUCGCAAAGAUAGCGCAGUACAUGGGUUUCUUUCCUGUGAGUAUGAAGAGUGAAGGGGACCUCAAGACGAAACGCAAGGAUAGAAAGCGGGGUCGGAAGAAUGGCAAUAAUCAGAAUACCGGAUCCAGCCAGGAACAGGGAAGCAGUUCGAAGGACAGCGAUUUCCCUCCGCUCGGUGCUGACGGUGAUCAAGACAAGAGGAAGCGUCGACAAGCCGACCCGACUCCCAGUGAGGCCUCUACUGCAAAGGACUGA